CUUAUGGGUAUCCCUAAUAUAAAGUAUAGUGAUCUACAAAACCUAACAGUUUCACACGUGGCGAUAUCGACGCAGCGAUGUAAACAUGCGUCAAGGAAUACCAUUGUACUGAUCGGAAGACUUGUUUAAUCGAUAAAACUGCUAAGAGAAACUAUUUAUCAUGUUAACUGUCGUGUCAGGAUCUGGCAUAAUAAUCUCGAGGCUAUCUCGCAAUUUAUUUCUUCUUAAUAUUUCGCUUAAAAAACGAACCGUUUUACAAUCGAACAAGUUCAGCAGCUACGUUACAGGUUAUGUCUAUCACAAUUCAACGCAGUUUUUAAAAAAAAAUUCUCAAGCAUUAUUACAAUCAUCUGUAAAAGUUUUUAGUACAGAUACUGAGUACUCAACAAUAACCAAACUCAGCUCUGUGCAGUAUGAGAAGAUUUGUAAUGACACUUUGGAUUCAUUAACUGAAUAUUUUGAGGAAUUGGUUGAAGCAGCGAUACAUUUGCCAGAUGCUGAUGUAUCUUAUGGAGAUGGUGUACUCACUGUACAUUUUGGUGAACCAUAUGGUACUUACGUUAUAAAUCGUCAAACGCCAAACAAGCAGAUUUGGCUCUCCUCUCCAAAAUCUGGACCAAAACGUUAUGAUUUUGUAAAUAGCCAAUGGAUAUAUAAGCAUGAUGGCAAAACUUUACAUGAAUUACUUAAUCAUGAGAUACCAGCAAUUGUAAAAAAUCCAGUAUGCUUCGACAAAUGUUCCUUUAGUGGUAAAGAGAAACAAACUGUGAUAAAUGAAUCCUUUUUUGAGAAAUAACUGAUGAAGAUUUAAUUGUAAUAGAGCAAGUUUAUUAAUUAUUUGAGAUAUAAUAAUAUUGUUGAAGAUAUAUAUUAUUCUAGACCUAAUUUGCAUGAGUGUUGUACAUAAAAA